AUGAAUUCAUCGACAGUGUGUAAGGUUUUAGUACAUUUUGGAUUUUUACUUUUCUUGCUGAUAAUCUUCUGUAUUGCCCAGCUUGCAUUCGUUCUGGCUUUAGGCAGGAAAGAUGACACUCGCCUGGAAGUAUGGUAUGUGUGUAUAGGGUUUGUGCUGAUCAUACCAGAAGUUGUUCAUAUCAUACAAAUACUUUGGUGUGCAUCUUUCCUGACUGAUGGGAAAAUGAAAAAAUGGCCAUUGUUCCGAGGGAUAUGCAGUGGCAUCAUUCUUAGCAUCAUCGAGGCCGGCUGUAUAUCUCUGUUGACAUACAUAAUUUUACCCCGGGUACCAGGUUACGUGAUACUUCCGUUACUGAACCUGACACUGCUACCGGAAUUGUCACUAUCAGUUAAGGCAAUUCAAACCAAAUAUCUACACACAUGUCUGGAACCCACAUUGAAGAUUUUAUGCUGCACGGCUCUCCUUCUAGCUGGAGUGAUAUCAAGUAUUUUUUUAUCAACUUCGGGUAUACUCCUACCAUACCAAGCCGCGCUGCUACCACUUUCAUUAAUCGGUGCGUCAGUUACCUUGCAUACUCCCGUCCAAAACCACAUCCAUGGAAAUUCUGAGGCAUCGUUACACAACACGUCACUGCUGUAUGGAUCAAUGAGGACCUUUACGUAUAUUUUGUUUUGUAUAUUAUGUUUCAACAGUGACACAAAUGGAUUUAUAUCCCUAGAUCUCCGACAUUUAAUGUAUGGGUUUCAAGUAUUUAGUAUUUUGGAAAAUUUUCAUAUUUUGAUUUCUGUGCAUUGCACACUUUCAUUUGUUUCACUGCUAUCGUAUAUUGUUCCAAAGAAAUCUCAACUUUCCACGUUUUUCCCAAGUUUUUUAUCUCCCAUCUUAAUUUCAAUAUUUUUCAUAGUCCGUAUUAUGCAUGGGCCAGUCAAUUUCGAUAUGAUUGAUAUAUCUAUUGAAGAUAUACCUGUAACGGCCGACCUAAUCGUCGUUAUUACCACGUCUGCUGUUUUGGCUAUGCUUCCAUUGAGUUUGGUAUUUAUACCAAUGUGUUUUCAAACACAUGGAGAUAGUGUGGAAGCUGCUAAGCAACAAAGGACUUUGCAACGUUACAAUUCCGUGCUGCUUCUCCAGUUUAUGUUGAUACAACAGAAAGUGUUUGGAAAACAUCUUAGUGAAGCGAAGGAACGUGCGAUGAACAAACCAUCUCGAGUCUUUAUUUGUACUACAAUGUACCAGGAAGCUGAGCAUGAGAUGGAUAGGCUUCUCGAAAGUUUAGAUCGUGUAAUGACGUCACAGAAACUCAAAGAAAAUGGCAUCAACAUUGAAUCUCACAUAUUUCUUGAUAAUGGUGCAGAUGGUAAAGAAAUGAAGGAUUUUGGUAAACAGUUACUAUUUUUGGUAGAGGAAAGGAUUGAUCUUCGACCAGAGUCUGGGAUUAUGUUGUACACACCGUACGGGAUACAGCUACAUUGGGUGUUGGAAUGUGGCACGCCAUUGUUCAUACAUCUUAAAGACACGAAAAAGGUGAAGGCAAAGAAACGAUGGAGUCAGGUGAUGUAUUUAGAAUACAUUCUCCAAUACCGAUCCAAAUGGGGAGGUAUGCAAACUCCUUACGAGUCUAAGACGAUGUCUUCCAAUCCUUCGUUCACAGAGUCUUUAGAUAGGUUAAAUGACUAUUACUUGCCUAGUAGCAACAGUGGUGGAGACAAGACGACAUUUUCCAGCAGUAAUUAUUUGGACAUUCCCGACAUCAUUCUUAAUCAUGCCGGUGACGAUACGGAUGGCAGUUCAGCUGACAAUUUCGCAAUAGAUAUGGCGUCAAAUGACGGAAGUCUUUUUCCAAGUGAAACUCGCAGUCGAGCUGGAAGUGAUUUGUUUGUCAAAGAAACACCAUUGGAAAUUCAUACGCAGGAAAGUACUAUUUUCUCUGUGUCUCUCUCUAUGUCAAAUAUAGCUGGUCCUUCUCUGUCGAGAUCAAAGGAUGAUUAUAUCCUGAUGACGGACGCCGAUAUGUCAUUCGACGAAGAAGCUGUCCUUGCAGUCGUGGAUGUCUGCAAGAAAGACCCAGAUGUUGGGGGAGUUUGUGGAAGGACCUGUCCAACUGGUCUGUACAGACAUCCCAUACUCUGGCUGCAGAUGUUUGAAUUUGCAAAAGAUUUCUGGAUGAUAAAGAGCUCCCAGAAUGUGAUAGGAUCUGUAAUGUGCUGCCCGGGAUGCUUCAGUCUGUUUCGCUUUGAAGCCCUAUCUGAUAUCUUUUCUACAUAUUCGAGUCCUACAGAGACGGUGAUGGAUGUAUUUACAAAGGACAAUGGAGAAGACCGUUGGAUGUGUACGCUGAUGAUGCUGAAAGGGUGGAAACUCCGAUACACACAAGCAGGACAGAACAGCACUUUUUGUCCGGAGACUACCCUAGAGUUUAUGAAGCAACGGAGGCGCUGGCUUCUCUCAGACUACACAAACGCCUUACUUGUGAUUCAAAAUAUCGCCAAUUUGAUGACCUCUAACUCCGUUUUUUCGUUGACAUACGUAUUAUAUUUAAUACAGUUGUUCCUUAUUAUGGUCCUGUAUCCUGGUGCAACCGUAAUGAUGCUGUCGCUAGGUCUGGAACUGGGUUCAGGAAUACCCCUUUUCGCCAUAACACCAACAUUUUACAUUUUGAUCGUUGGCUACAGUAUAAUCUUGAUCAAAGACAUCCCAGCUUCGGUACAACUGGUGAUAUCAAAAGUUCUAAUAAUAUUGCUGGGGUUGGGAACCCUGUACGUAUUUGGUUCGACGUCUGUGAUUAUAGUCAAAGCACUGAUUCAGGAUUACCAGGAGCAAACCAUGGGACACAUCGAGUAUGUACUGAUACUAUCCCUAGCGGCUACUUACCUACUAGCCGGUCUUCUUCAUCCUUCAGAACUCCACCUACUGGUGUAUGGCCUGCCUUACAUGUUCUUUCUACCUCUACUGAACAUCAUCCUGCCAGUGUAUGCAUUGUGUAAUAUUAUUGACCAAUCCUGGGGUACGAGGGACAAUCAAUUGGCAAAGGUACCAAAGUUUUUAAGUCUUCCGAAACUGAAAAAGCGAAAAAAGAAAAAGAAGGCAAGGUCGCUGUCAUCAUAUCGAGGAUCGUACACAAGUUUGAACAGUUCUGUGUUGGACCUUCAAAACUUCAACGAAGACGAGGUUUCGUUCUGGGAAAAAGUAGUGAAUGAUUUAGUAGGGGUAAAUGUUCAGGGAGGAAUGACAGCGGACGAAAGGACAGAAGGACUCCGUGUGAUGAGAAACAAGGUAGUGGCUUGGUUUCUGUCUAUCAACGCUGUGUGGGUCAUUGUACUAUGUGGAUGUUAUGGACUUUUGCUCCAGCUGAUGGACAACAAAACAAUUUUCAGUGUUGUUAUGAUAUCGUCGCUAGGUCUCACGCCUUUAAUACAGGUGACAGGGAUGAUUGUGGACAGAAGCUGUGUUCUAUUUAGAAUGAUCAGUAAAUAUCUAUAA